CAGCUGUUCCGGUCGGCCGAGGCUGGCGCCUGCGCAGAGCGCUAAGCUGUCAGUCAGGUAAGGUGCUAGCGAGCCGGCGGCAGGGAGUGCGGUGCUGUCAUGACUGAGGGCACGUGUCUGCGGCGUCGAGGGGGACCCUAUAAAACCGAGCCGGCCACUGACCUCACCCGCUGGCGGCUCCGCAAUGAGCUGGGUCGGCAGACGUGGACGUAUUACCCAGCGGAGGACGACCCUGGUCGAGAGCAGACCGGGCUAGAAGCCCACUCCUUGGGACUGGACACAAAGAAUUAUUUCAAAGACUUACCUAAAGCUCAAACAGCCCAUGAGGGGGCCCUGAAUGGAGUAACAUUUUAUGCCAAGCUGCAAGCUGAGGAUGGACACUGGGCGGGUGAUUAUGGUGGUCCACUCUUCCUCUUACCAGGUCUCCUGAUUACAUGUCAUGUGUCACAUAUCCCUCUGCCAGCUGGAUACAGAGAGGAGAUGGUACGGUACCUGCGAUCAGUGCAGCUCCCCGAUGGCGGCUGGGGCCUGCAUAUUGAGGACAAGUCCUCAGUAUUUGGGACCGCCCUGAACUAUGUGGCUCUCAGAAUCUUGGGAAUUGGGCCUGAUGAUCCUGACCUUGUACGUGCGCGAAACAUUCUUCACAAAAAAGGUGGUGCAGUGGCCAUCCCCUCCUGGGGGAAGUUCUGGCUGGCCGUCCUGAAUGUUUAUAGCUGGGAAGGACUCAAUACCCUAUUUCCUGAGAUGUGGUUGUUUCCUGAGUGGGUACCUGCCCACCCCUCCACCCUCUGGUGUCACUGUCGGCAGGUCUAUCUGCCCAUGAGCUACUGCUACGCCACUCGGCUGAGUGCCUUAGAGGACCCACUGGUUCAGAGCCUCCGCCAGGAGCUCUAUGUGGAGGAUUAUGCCAGCAUCGAUUGGCCAGCACAGAGGAACAACGUGUGCCCCGAUGAGCUGUACACGCCACACAGCUGGCUGCUGCAUGUGGUGUAUGGGAUCCUGAACCUGUAUGAACGUUUCCACAGUACCAGCCUGCGGCAGCGGGCCAUCAAAAUGCUGUAUGAACAUAUUGCCGCCGAUGACCGGUUCACUAAGAGCAUCAGCAUUGGCCCGAUCUCAAAAACCAUCAACAUGCUUGUUCGCUGGUCAGUGGAUGGGCCGUCCUCCUCUGCCUUCCAGGAGCACGUCUCUAGGAUCCCAGAUUAUGUUUGGCUGGGCCUUGAUGGCAUGAAAAUGCAGGGCACCAAUGGAUCACAGAUCUGGGACACCUCGUUUGCUAUCCAAGCACUGUUGGAGGCAGGUGCACACCACAGACCUGAAUUUUUACCCUGCCUGCAGAAGGCUCACGAAUUCCUGCGGCUUUCACAGGUCCCAGACAACCUUCCUGACUAUCAGAAGUAUUACCGCCAGAUGCGCAAGGGCGGUUUCAGCUUCAGCACACUGGACUGUGGCUGGAUCGUUGCUGAUUGCACAGCCGAGGCUUUGAAGUCUGUGCUACUCCUGCAGAAGCUGUGCCCCUCAAUCACUGAUCACAUCCCCCGAGAGCGGCUCUGUGAUGCUGUGGCUGUGUUGUUGGAGAUGAGGAAUUCUGAUGGAGGAUUUGCUACCUACGAGACCAAGCGUGGGGGGCAUUUGCUGGAGUUGCUGAACCCCUCAGAGGUCUUCGGAGACAUCAUGAUUGACUACACAUAUGUAGAGUGUACCUCCGCAGUGAUGCAGGCUCUGAAGCAUUUCCAUGAAUACUGUCCAGACCAUAGGGCCCCAGAGAUCAGGGAGACCCUCAAGCAAGGCCUGGAGUUCUGCCGGAAGAAGCAGAGAUCUGACGGCUCCUGGGAGGGCUCCUGGGGAGUUUGUUUCACCUAUGGCACCUGGUUUGGCCUGGAAGCUUUCGCUUGCAUGGGGCAUACCUACCGAGAUGGGACUGCUUGUGCAGAAGUGUCUCAGGCCUGCAACUUCCUUCUGUCCCGGCAGAUGGCAGAUGGAGGUUGGGGGGAAGACUUUGAGUCCUGUGAACAACGGCGUUAUGUGCAGAGUGCCAGGUCCCAGGUCCACAGUACAUGCUGGGCCCUGCUGGGCUUGAUGGCUGUCAGGCAUCCCGACAUCAGUGCUCAGGAGAGAGGAAUCAGAUGUCUGCUGGAGAAACAGCUCUCCAACGGAGACUGGCCUCAGGAGAACAUCUCUGGGGUCUUCAACAAGUCCUGUGCCAUCAGCUACACAAGUUAUAGGAACAUCUUCCCCAUCUGGGCCCUGGGCCGCUUCUCCAACCUGUACCCUGACAAUGCCCUUGCCGGCCGCCUUUGAACUCAUGUCUGCCUGUGCUGCAGCUGGCCAGCAUCAUCACCGUACAGGUCCAGGCGAGACUGGGGCUUCUUAGCCCCACUCUAGGCCUUGUUCUCCAUUUCUGUAGACCUGAGGCUGGGACUAGGGUCAGGGUUGGUAUCUUUAGGCACUUGUCAGUAUAGGCUUAGUUCCGAGACCAGCUUCAGUGAGAAAGGGAACCAGAUAAACCUUGAAAUCCAGAGAGGCA